CCCUCGGUGGCACCCGUAGAUUGACGUUAAAGUCAGACGUGUAUCUAAAGCCUGUGAGCGUCAAAAUCCGGAAGUUUCCAACCUAACAGCAGCAACAUGAUCGAGUCCUAUGAGCUAUCGCUUGAUCGCGACUUGUUUGUCUGAGACAAUUUACUAAUGAAUUUGAAAGAGAAUGUCUACCAACUCAAUGUUAUCCUUUGGAAAUCAUCAACACAAUCCGGUGAUGGAUAGCGAGACAGGCGUCAUGUCUAUUGACCAUGGAGGAGAGUGGGACAUCAGUUUGUUUGAUGAGCUGGACAACCUGGGAGACACAGAUGAGCUGCUUCAGGCCCUGGAGCAUGCCGGCUAUGCCAGUGAGCUGGACUUUGAUAUCGACAUACCGCCGUGGAAUGAAGUGGACACAAGCAGCACCUGCACAGAUGGUGAGGUGAGCCUGGACUCUCUGUCACCUGCCCACACUCUGAGCUCUGUCCCCUCUCCUACUUCUGUGGAAGCCCUGUCCCCAUACUUCUUACAAGAUGAGGCCCUGUCUCCACAAUCACAGUCCUCUUCUGUUUCAGUCUGCUCAGAGUCUAGUGGGUUUUCUGUAAUCUCUCCUCCAGCUAAGAAAGCUCCAAAGAGGACAAGCCAGACCGCCCGAGCAAGACAAGCUCAGCCAAUCAAAAGGCCGAUUCAGAUUGGCCAGAGGGUCUCCAUCCAACCGAAACCGCUGAUUACAGCUGUGCCCCUGGCUCAUGCAUCAGCUCCCCUGCAAGCCAAGACAAUCAUCAUCCAGCCUCUGCAGACUGCUGUACUGCCCGUGGUCAAACAAGCACCUAUCAACAUCCAACCAGCACCUAUCAACAUCCAACCAGCACCCCCUCCAGGACAUACCAUAGUGCUGUCGCAGCCAAGCCAGGUGCUACAGAUCCAGACAACACGGGCUGUCACUGCCAAUGUGGUCACCAUGCCAACUCUCAGCCAGGACAGGCACCUUCCUGUCGCUGCUCCGGUCACGCUUCGAACCCCUUCCUCAGAUGAUGAAUCCAAGUUGGGACAGAGGCAGCAGCGCAUGAUAAAGAACCGCGAGUCGGCCUCCCUGUCUCGGAAAAAGAAGAAAGAUUAUCUGCUCUCGCUGGAAGCUCGCCUGAAAAUGGCGUUGUCUGAGAAUGAGGAGCUCAAGAGUGAGAAUGGCACGCUCAAGAAACAGCUGGAGGGCCUGCUGAGUGAGAACACUGUACUAAAAGUAACGGCCCCCAAGAGGAGAGCUGUGUGCCUCAUGGUGGUGUUGGUGUUCGUCAUGCUUAACAUUGGACCAAUGAGUCUGUUUCAGGGGGGCCCAGGCUCCAAGCUCUCCAUGCAGCACGGCGGAAGACACCUGUUGGGUUUCUCCUCAGAGGCAGAAACUGAGGUUGUGAUGGGCCCCGAUCCCCUCGACAGUGGCCCCUCUGAGAUGGCGGACAGCUCUGAGGAUAAAGCCCUGAUGGUGGUGAAGGAUCCUAUCUUCCUCCGACCACCUCCCCCCUGCCAGCCUCCUGUUAACAGGACCAAGUGCAGAGAGUUGGCCCAUGAAUUGAGGGGCUGGGUCCACCGUCAUGAGGUGCAGCAGACCAAAUCCAGGCGCAUGAGUAACAGCAAUAACAAACCAACCAGGACUAUUCUGAAAACAGAGAAUAAGGAGGCUGACGGUGCCCAGAUUGUGACGGUCCAAUACACAGAAACUACUGAGGGAAAGAAUCUAGGCAAUGAGCUGCAGGUAUACUACGCACCUCAUCACACCUACAGUGACUUCUUUGAUGAGAUCAAUCGCCGUGGCGACACUUUCUAUGUAGUGUCCUUCCGCAGGGAUCAUCUUCUACUUCCUGCCACCAACCACAACAAAGGAAGUCGACCCAAGAUGUCUCUGGUAUUGCCAGCCAUGAACAUAAACGACAGCAUCAUAAGGGACAAAGACUACGAGGUAAUGAUGCAGAUUGACUGUGAAGUAACGGACACCAGGAUCCUCCAUAUCAGGUCUUCCUCCAUCCCGCCUUUGCUCCGGGUCAACCGCACAGGCACCUUUUACCAGCACCCAUCGACAGACAGCCAGGCUGCGCCUCCUGUCGGUGUGCUAAUGGGCUCUGCUUAAGAUCAUCCAACAGUUAUUAUGAGAACUCCUUAACUAAACCCAAGAAGACAAACAGAAGAUAAUACCUCAGGUAACACUCUUUAGGUGGGAUAAAGUAUAUUUUAAAUCUCCCACUGACUUUGUUUAGAUUUGAAUUAAAUGCAAAGGUGGCUCAAAUUGGCGGCGGCAUUCUUUGUUAGGACUGAUAGCUGAGGAAGUCUGUAAAAGGCUCCGAGCAGACGCUAGCUCCUUGUGUGGCAAAACCGACUUCUCUCUGUAACCCCAGAUGCCCCCACAUAAGAGUAAUUGCUUAACGGCAGGGGGCUGAGCAUUGAACCCUGAGUCACCCCGUCAUAACACAAAUACUUUUACCCCAUAGCAGCUCUUCUAAUGUCUGCGCUUUCAUUUUUGGGUUCUUAAUUUCGGGAGCAAGCUACAAAGCCACAGGAGAAAACUGAAAAUGAUUAUACACCCAAGAUUGAUAUCACUGAAAAGGCAUUUGUGAUAUUAAUGUGUAGAAGUCCAACGUGUUCUGUGUUUGUAUCAGAGCUACAAAAUGGAGUAGCUGUCUCUUACUCAUUUGUAGUCUGUUUGCCCUCUCUAAAUAAAGCACAUUGUGAGAACAGUGAAACAGUAAGAGAUGCCAGAUGAUUAGAAGAAGAAUAGGGCAUUCAGUGAACUCAGGGGAUCUGUGAAAGCUAGGAGGCUAACCACGAUGUUGUUGGCUGGUUUCAAUUCCUUUAAGGAUUUCAUUUGUUUUGUUUUUAGCAUUGUAUUGCUGAAGAAUUAAAAUUUUUCCUCAUGUCUAAUUAUUAUACAUGCAUUUUGGAAACUGUUUAUUGUAAUCCACUCCCAAAAACCGAAUUACAUAUUGUAUAUGAAAUAACGAAUGGUGGAUUCGAAGGAAAAAUACAGUAAAUGUUAGAACUAGGAGAUUUUCAAUGGGUGGACAACCUGAGAUUUUAUCUUCAUCAGAUUUGAAACACCCGCCUUAACCGUUGAGCUAAAACAGCCUAUGUUUGACAUAAAACCACUGGUGGAAAAAGCAAGUCCUGACUUCUCCGUCUGUGGGCUAAAUUGCACUUUUAUUUUGUGCCCAUAUUGGUUUAAAACUGUUUGAUGGAGUUGCAUUAUGUGAAGUUUUUGCACUAUAAAUGCAGAACCUGGAAAGAUCUGGCUUUAAAUUCCUCAUAUUAAUGUUUAUUUAAAAUAGAUAAUAAAUAAAUGAUACAUCAUCAGAAUUAUUAUCUUUUUGUAUAUGUUGAUAAAGCAACAUACCUUGCUUGUAUCUGAAAGUGCUUUUUUUUUUAGCUAAUAUAUGAUUGUACAGAUGAUUUGGUUUUAGCUCAACCGAUGCCCGUAAAAACAUGUCCUUUACUUGUGUUUUCUUAAGCCAGGCCGUCUGUGUGUAAUUGUUUGCCAUCUUUGGUUUAAAAAAAUGUAUUUGAGUCACCGCAUUGUUUUUACUGCAUUCAAACAGUACUUAGGUACCACGCAAGAGUACAGUUUAAAAACUUGUGAGUUUGUUGUUGUAUUCUAUUAUGUGCAUAAACACUGGAUUUUA